AUGAUUUUUAAUAAAGGGUCAAUGCAUUCUAACCUUGACUGUUUCGUACGGUGUACCACACCUGUGGUUAAAUCCCAGUUUCUUCCUAAGUCCGAGAUUACAAGCCUUAACCGUUUGUGGCAUCCCUGGGAAAGAGAAAACGUGGAAUAUUUCACGUUGGGGGAUCUCUGGAAUUGCUAUGACGAAUGGAGUGCUUAUGGAGCAGGAGUUCCUAUCUCCUUGACCAGUGGGGAGACACUUGUGCAGUACUAUGUGCCUUAUCUCUCCGCAAUUCAGAUAUUCACCAGCAAUAGUUUCAGGGAAGAGACUGAGUCUGGUGACUGUGAGACAAGGGAUUCCUAUAGUGAUUCUUUCAGCGAUGAGAGUGAGUGUGACAAGUUAUGGAGGUGGGAUGGAACUUCCUCAGAAGAGGGGGGGUCUGAGCAAGAUUCUCUCUGGCAUUUCAAUGACAGAUUGGGUCAUCUCUAUUGCCAGUAUUUUGAAAGAGCAACUCCAUACGGGAGAGUUCCUCUCAUGGAUAAGAUUACUGGAUUAGCUCAAAGAUACCCAGGGUUGAUGUCAUUAAGAAGUGUUGAUCUUUCGCCAGCAAGUUGGAUGGCUGUUGCGUGGUACCCAAUAUAUCAUAUCCCCAUGGGAAGAACAAUUAAAGACCUUUCUACGUGCUUCCUCACUUAUCACACGCUUUCAUCUUCGUUUCAAGGCAUGGAUCUUGACGAUGAUAUUGAGGGUGGCCAUGAGAAGAAAAAGGAAGGGGAAGGCAUAGCACUGCCAGCAUUUGGUUUGGCAACGUACAAGAUGCAAGGGGGAAACGUGUGGGUCGCUGGAAAUUGUGGUCGGGACCAAGAAAGGCUAUUGUCACUGUUGAGUGUGGCAGAUUCAUGGUUGAAGCAACUCAGGGUCCAGCAUCAUGACUUUAAUCACUUCAUGGGCAUUCGACAUGGUGGCUAA